AUAAUAAAUUGAGAGGAUUGGACAUUGCACACAAUAAGGGUCCGUAUUUUUGGUCUGACAUUUUUGUUCAAUGUGCUGUGAAUUUUUACAAUGGAAAAUGUGUCCUUUUGCUCUAUAAAUGCUGUGAAAUACUAAUAUAGACAAUCAUUUGUAUCUCAUACAGAGCCAUGGACAAUGUACUGUCAUCUCUUUUUAGAAUAUUGUCUGAUUCCAUGGCAAUAUCAGUCCAUAACAAGUUGUUGUACCCCCAGCCAGGUGAAUAUUUGUUCAGCAGGCACCGUUAGGACACAGAGAUCCACCAACUGGAUUGACGACUUUCUGUUUGUGCAACCCAAGUAGUAUUAAGAUGAGGUGUUUAAAAGUUAUCAGUUAGGUGCUGUGGAUCCAGUAAGUUGACUUGGCUGCUGGAAAAAUGAACUUUGCUAUUCGUCGUGCGACAAAAGCCGACUGCAAAGCGGUGUACACACUGGUGAAGGAGUUGGCGGUUCAUGAAAACAUGCUCCAACAAGUGACGCUGUCAUAUGAAGAAUUUGAGCGGGAUGGUUUUGGACAGAAUCCAUGGUUUGAAUCGCUGGUUGCAGAAGUACCUGAGGAGAAUACAUCAAAGGAAGGAUGCAUAAUCGUUGGGCUCGCACUUUACUUUUACACUUACUGUACAUGGAAGGGCCGGUCCGUCUUUUUGGAGGAUUUGUAUGUGAUGCCAGAAUUUAGAGGCUGUGCCAUUGGAAAAGGUUUACUGAGCACCGUUGCUAAGGUUGCAAUAGAGCAGCAGUGUGUGCAGAUGAAGUUCAAUGUGACGGACCAGGAUAUUCGAACAAGAGCCUUCUAUGCUGCAAAAGGGGCUCAGGUUUGCAGCUUCAUGGAUAACUGGCACACGCAGCACUUGGAUGCCAAAAAUCUUCGCAAAUUGGCAAAUGAAGCUCCUUGAGUUGAAAUUGGUGUUGACGAAAUGUGUCGUAAUCAAACGAAAGCAUGAUUGUGUCGCUAAUUUAGAUGGAUGCUGCAUUUGUGUGCGCGCUGGGUUGUUGUUGUAAUGGCGUUGAAUGAACGCUAGAGGACGCACACGGGGAUGAUGACAUUGGAUAAUUUAGAAGCUUGAAGUCAUUGCUAUUUGGGGAAAGAGUAAAAGUUUAUUUUUUGAUGGUGUAGUAAACUAUGCAUGUCUGCAAAUUAGAUUAAUUAUAAAAUGUGUUCCCUUAUUAACAAUUUGUCUUGUUUCAGACAAUAACACUCCAUUCAGCUGUAUAAUCACUCGCCUUACAGUAUAGAUCUGUCUAUUACCUGACCGCUUCUAUGUUAGCUACCUCCCUUUUUUAUAAUGUAUAUUUUGUGCUGGAUCUAUUGUGUAUUUUAUGCUGCAGCUACCAUGAAUUGAUUAACGUGGACCCUGACUUAAACAAGCUGAACAACUUAUUCUGGUGUUACCAUUUAGUGGUCAAUUGUACGGAAUAUGUACUAUACUGUGUAAUCUACUAAUAAAAGUUUGAAUCAAUCAAUCAAUGUUAAAUAUAAUGUAAAAAUUAUACAUGAUAAUUGGGAUUUGUUACAUAUUGUAUGCAUUAUAUAAACACUUAAUUGAGUUUAUACCAAAAAGUUCUAUUUUGGUUUCAUCUGACCACAUGACAUUCUCCCAAUCCUCUGCUGUAUCAUCCAUAUAUCCAUUUUGGUACAAACUCAACUCGUCGUGUUUGGAGGAAGAAGAAUACUGAGUUGCAUCCCAAGAACACCACACCUACUGUGAAGCAUGGGGGUGGAAACAUCAUGCUUUGGGGCUAUUUUUCUGCUAAGGGGACAGGACGAUUGAUCCGUGUUAAGGAAAGAAUGAAUGGGGCCAUGUAUCGUGAGAUUUUGAUCCAAAACCUCCUUCCAUCAGUGAGAGUUUUGAAUGGUUAACCAAAUACUUAUUUUCCACCAUAAUUUACAAAUAAAUUAUUUGAAAUUCCUACAA